AAAAAAAAAAAAAAAAAAAAAAAACGUGUCCCGACCGAACCGAACCAUCCUUACCCGUUUUUGCAGUGCAGCCCAAUGGCCGCCACCCGCCCUGUCCUGGAGGUGGUCCUCCUUUGAUUGAUGGAGCCAAAUAGAAUGAAAGGACACCUCCCCACUGUCCCUCCGAGUGACUGAAAGGUCUUCAGUGUGACGUUAGUUAGCAUUAGCGCUCAUAUGCUAACAAGAGCUCCCCGCGAUGCUGGUCAAUGAGCCCCAGAGCUGCAGACCCUCCGCCUCGGAGCCGCCUUCCCUCGCCGAUGCGCCACCCCCGCCCCCUUUGCCGCCCCCUCCCCCGCCUCCGCCUCCCCAAACGUUGGCCCAACCCGGCAGGAAGAAGCAUCGGGUGCGCAGCUUCUUCUGGAAGCCCAUCCCUGAGGAGAAAGUCCGCGAGAGACCCAACAUCUGGACGCUAGUGGGGCGGCAGCAGCAGUACCAGAUUGACGUCCGCUCCGUGGAGGAGCUGUUUGGCCAGCAGGAGGAAGCGGGGACGGGUGGCCUGGGGUCAGCGACCGCUCCCGGUAUGACCGUCCGGGUCUCCCGAUCUCGAUCGUUCAAGGACAACAGCAAAGAGAUCAGCAUCUUGGACUCCAAGAGGGGAAUGAAUGUGGGCAUUUUCCUCAAGCAGUUCAAAAAGUCCAACCGUUGCAUUGUGGAGGACAUAAGGCGAGGACACGGCGGGACGUAUGGAGCCCAGCCCCUCAAAGACCUGCUCAAGCUGCUGCCCGACACGGACGAGAUGAAGAAGCUGCAGGCGUUCCGAGGCGACCCGGACAAGCUGACCCUGGUGGACUCUUUUAUGUUCCUGCUCAUCCAGGUGCCGCAGUUGGCGGUGCGCAUUGAGGCUAUGGUGCUCGGUGAGGAGUUUGUUCCUUCAUGUGCGCUGAUGAGUCACGACAUCGAUGUCAUACGAGCCGCCACUCGAGAGUUAUUGGGCUGCGAGGAGCUUCACGCCAUUUUGCAUCUUGUGCUGCAGGCGGGAAACAUCAUGAACGCAGGAGGCUAUGCGGGUAACGCGGUGGGCUUCAAGUUGUCGUCGUUGCUCUCGUUGGCCGACACCAAAGCCAACAAGCCGGGGAUGAACCUGCUACAUUUUGUUGCAAUGGAGGCCAAGAAAAAAGACGAGGCACUGUUAAGGUUUCCGGAAAAACUGGUCCACAUCCAGAGUGCAGCCAGGAUCUCUGUGGAGAACAUGGAGCUGGAGUUCUCGUCCUUGUACGUUCGCAUCCAAACCCUGGAGGAGAAGGUGCAGGGAGACCCUGAAUUACUGCAGCAGCUGGUGUCAUUCCUGGAGAGUUCUGUGCAGACGCUUGUGGAUCUGAAGCACCGUCGCCUGGAGCUUCGCAAGGAAGGCAACGCGCUGGUGGACUUCUUCUGUGAGGACAAGGACGCAUUCAAGCUGGACGAAGGAUUCCGCAUCUUCCACGACUUCUGCGUCAAGUUCAAGAAAGCCGUCAAGGACAAUGCAGAGCGUGAGCUAAAGGAGGCGGCGAGGCAGCGUCGGCUGAGGGACUUGGAGGAAAAACGACUGGCGUGGUCGAUCGAAGACAGCGGCAGAGGUGGUGCGUUCGCUCGCAGCAGCAGUGAGAACGACGUGGAGACUCUCACCAAGGAAGGCCUCCUGGACUUCUUCCAAGGGAGGUCAAAGAGUCCUCACAGUCCUCCGGGACGCUCGUGCAGCGCCCGCCGCCACCACCACACCAUGACGUCCAUCGCAGACCGGGAGCUCCAGAGCUACCUGGAGCUGUUCGGAGACAAGUUCAACAGCCUUCCUCGGUCAGGCCGUGCACUCCAGCGCAAAGCCACUCCUUGGAUCGACAACCGAGAGCUCACAUCCCCUCGUGCCGAAAGUGAACCCAUCAGCCCUCUCGCCAGGUUUUCCUCAGCGGGGCUGAAAGCUGAUGAAGACCGAUACAACAACAGUGGCUACCAGUCUUCGCCUCGAUCCUUUGACGGCCACAUGAACGUGAAUGUAGAGAAGCACACUUUGGUUCCUGGGCCGGAAGCGUUUCACCUCCAGAGUCCAAACUUUGUUAACCAGGGCGAUAUCCAAUUCACUGAUCUGGAACAAGAGAAGCUACCCCCUUCCGGGACUCUGGAUGCAGCUCCAGGAGUAGCAAUAGAUUCUUUGACACAAGAGAACAAGACUAGCUCAGUUUCCUCGACAACCUGUGACACCCCACUGCCCUCAGACACCCCGUUAUCCAAUAGGAAGCCAGCGUUUAACAUGCCAGACUCCACCGAAGCGGACUGCUCAGUCACACUGGAUCUCUCUGAAGUUGAGAGCUCUUCCCUUUCGAAAGAGGUACUCCACAUUGGAACAAGUGACAAAGAGAGCGAAAGCCCUGGAGAGCUCAGUUCUCCGUCCGCCAUUUUGGACUCUGUCCCACCCGGGGACUUGUCAGUACCAAGAACAGCUGAUGCCGCAUCUGCUACGCCGACUGAGUGGGAAACCGAAAGCUGCGACAUCACCAUGGUGAAAGAGCCUUUGAGAAGCAGCGGGAAACAAGUAUGCACGAAAAGCAAGACUGGGGACAAAGGUGGUAGCACGGGCGGCGGAAGCUGCUUCAGAGCUGGCAGUGGCCCCAAUGGGGGUGCCAGUGGUGGUGGCAGAGGUGGAAGCAAUGGAUGCAGUCCCGGUGGGAGCAGCAGUGGUGUGAGGACACUAACCAGCAGCGAGAACCAGAGCAUACGGAAAGUGGUACCCAUUAGCCGGACGGGUAGCAAAAAGAAAGCCCUAGAUCGCCCCCUCCGUGACCAAAGCACCCCACCAAGAGGACACCACGAAAAGACCCCCAGACCACAGCGACACUCCAGUCUACCUCCCGACGACUCAAAAGGCCAGAGAGGAGUCCUCCCUACUAGCGCCUCCAGAUGCACGUGUGAUUCUACUAACUUAAGGAAGACUUCCUCCAUCAAUAAGCCAAGCGCCAAACCCCUGCGGAACCUUCCCAAGCCGGCACCUGAGGAGAAGAUGUGCCGCUCCACCAUGAGGGCUCUGGCACAGACGGAAGUCCCAGGCGGCACGCCUUCGGAAAGCGGCAGCUUGCAGGCACCGGGCUCCAAGUGUUCCCCCGAUGUCCCGAGCUUUGCCCGGAACACGGUGGCGUCAUCUUCCCGGACCAAGAAGGAACCGGUCGCCCUGUCCACACCGUCUCACGUCACCACCGUCCUGAGUCGGCAUACAUCCAUCAUGCAGACUAAAUUAGCAUCCACGGUUUCCGGCGGUGAGGAGCGGACAACCCUGCGGCGGGCGCACAGCGUCAAGGCGACCAGUCGCAGCGCCUACCGCAGCCAGACGCCACCCGCCCAGUCUCGGGAAGCAGGGAUGCCCAACAGGAGUGCCAAGCCAAGCUGGAAGUAAACCACAACCUAAGCUAUGAUAUUCCGUCUAGGAAAUGGGAAACUUACUAAAUCGACAGACGGCAAGUCAGUGGUUGUUGCGUCCGAUCCAUUUUAUUUUAUUUUUUUUUUUGGUUAAGUCAGAGAAUGUCCACCACAGGAACAGGAGCCGAUGCAAAUUAGCAGCCUUGUUUCUUGUGUACGAUGCCUUUAUUUUUAGAAAAAUCAAACUCUUUCCCAAGUAAAUUUAGUAAAUAGAAACGUGGAAUAGUCUGAAUAUGAAAUAGUAAUUUUACAAAAAUCAUAUCACAUUUUUUCUCAUGAUGUUACAACUUUAUUUUUAUAAAAUUCUGACUUAAUUAUUGGAAAAUUACACAUUUUUGACCGAAUAGUUUGCCUUUGUUCUCGUAAAACUCCAUUUGUUGUAAAUUUGAAUUUCUUGUCAUAA